AUGAAUCCGUACGAAGCUAAUCCAAACAAGAUUCCUGAAAAUGACCGCUUUGCUGACGUCCCCUUAUAUGGGCGUUAUUAUCCUCGGCCAGAUGACUUCAGGCCCGAUCCACAAUACAUCAAUUCUACAUCACCAGAGUCACUCCAGUACUGGGAAGGUGUGCUGAAAAUGUGCGAUAAGACUGUCCGCAUUUUCGAAAAUCAGAAUGGCGGGAGAGAUGUCUUUGCUUUAGGCAGCGUCAUCAUUAAAUCAUGCCAUUUGAACAGCCGUGGCUGCCGCGAUUACUCAUUAGCUGAUCAAAAUGAAGUGAAGGCCAUAGGGCUAAUCCGACAUUGGGAUGUUCUGGUACAAUCACGUAUUCCGGGGGUGGGGCUGAAUGUUGCCUGGCAAUACCUGACCACUGCCGAAAAACAUUCAUUCAAAAGCCAAGCCCGGGGAUUUCUUAGACAAAUAAGCUCUUUACCAUCUCCAUUUUCAGGACCCUCUUAUAUUUUACCGGACCCAGAUCCAAUUAUCCACCGGGGCAUCCGGAAACUAGAAGCCAGUUUGCUUUUUGGGGGAACUGGCAAUCUCGAACUCAUGCAUAAUGACCUGACUCCUUCAAAUAUUAUCGUGGAUGAUGGUAGGAUCGUUGGUGUUGUGGACUGGGAGAUGGCCGGGUAUUUUGGAUGGCAGAGAGCUGCGGAUGUUCAUGUGUCAAUUAGAAUGCCAAAGCGAGAGAACUUUGCUCAGCUGGACCUUGAAGAAGAUUUUCUUCAAGAUAUUCUGUUUUGGAAUGAUUUAUAUGCUAUUGACGGACCUUCAAGUGGAAAAAGUGAUGAAAAGCUGGUUGUUUCUGUGUCCAAAUAUAUCGUCUCACAAGGAAUUUUGAUCCUGGAACAUAUACAGUCUAUUGAAUCACCUUCAAAAAACGCCUUCCACUCUCCUAAAACCACGAUUGAUGUGAAACCCAACUUGUUAUUGGGAGCACUCAAGCAUACCGAUAUUGACGUUGGAAACUGGAUCAAUGUCAUAGGCUAUGUGAGGCAACAGCCACCAGUACCCAAGGAGAAUUCGCGUAAAAGAACGAACGAAGAUGCUCAGGUCUACAUUGAAGCAGUGAUGAUUAUACCUGCCGGCCCUAUUCGAAUCGGAGAAUAUGAAAAAAUUGUAGCUGAGUCAAGGGAUGUGAAUAGAAGACUUAAAAUGCCCAACAACAAUGGCCCAGGUUAA